CUCUACAAGUGCAUAUUGCCAUGCUCCGCUACACGACGGGCGACGUGCUCCUGCGGAAGGCCCACCGCGGCCAGCUCCAAGAGAUCAAGUACCUCGUCCAAGAGGUGUACGUCGACGUCAACUACCGCGACGAGACGGGCUGCACGGCGCUGCACAUGGCGUCGGCGGCUGGCCAGCUCGACGUCGUCAAGUGGCUCCUCUCGUACCAGGGUAUCCGCCCCAACCUCCUCGACCACAACGCGCAAAGCGCCAUCCAUUACGCUGCCUUUUACGGCCAUCUGCCCGUUGUACAAGUGCUCUUGGACCACUGCGUGCCAUUGCACAUCAAGGACAAGACGGGGCGGCUACCGCACGUCGGCGCCGCGAUCAACGGCCACGUCGACGUCGUCCGCUUCCUCCUGCAAGACUGCCCACUGCCGAUCGAGCGCAACACGAUUGACGAGUAUGGCGCGACGAGUCUGCACUGGGCCGCGGCCCACGGUCGGCGCGACGUCGUCGAGUUCCUCCUCCACGUCGGCGUCGACGCCCACGUGACGAGCUACGACAAUCGCACGGCGUACCAGUUGGCCAAGGACAAGGGGCAGGCCAAGUGCCAAAACGUCAUCAAGCGCUGGUUCGAGGUCGCGCAGCGACUGCUGCAAGCCGCCGAGACGGGCAACGACGACGAGGUCAAGCGGGUCAUCCACGACGUCGCUGGCGCCUAUCCGCUUCGCUUUCUCAAAGACAAGAACGGGCGACACGCAAUGCACUGGGCUGCAAGCGCGGGCCGCCUCCCGACCUUGCGCAUCCUCGCGGAAAAUUUCGAUUCGUGGACCGACCUCGACAAGUUUGGGCGCAAUGCGCUGCACUGGGCAGCGCUGGGUGGCCACGCCGAGUGCGCGCUCUGGCUCACGCAGCACUACACCGGCGAAGCCAAGGCGCUCAUGGUGCCAUCGCUUACGAACAAGACGCCGGCGCGCUGCGCCUUGGAUGCGGGGCACACCGCACUCGCCGCGCAGCUGCAGGAGUGGGAAGACACGGCGCUCCAUGCCGGGGAUGUGGCGCCGCCAUCGACGGCGACAACGACGACGGCCAUCUAAUCUCGUCGUCCUCGUGUGUCUCUGUGAUGCGACCGUUGCUGUGGGUUCGAAAUACCGUUGGCCCACAUACCCUGUGAGAAUGAAUAUCACUUUG